AUGGAAGAGGAACGGGAUAACGGCGGCAUGGAUCUUCAAUUAAGAAGGCUUAGCCUGAUUGAUUUCUCAUCGGAAAAUGAUGCCCUAGUCCACAAUUCAAUAUCUUCGCCCCUCACUUCAUCCAGUCCCGCCGGUCUUGCCCACGGCCAACCUACAGAGAAUCAAAUGCAGCCCGAGGUUUUUGAGUCAUUAGUAGGGUCAUUGAGUAGUGGAAAAGAUCCCAUCUUGACACCUAGUAGUGACCAAGAUGACCAAUUCCCUGAUCUGAAAGAAUCCGUGGAGCCAGAUUGUUUUCGAAGGAAGGCCAAGUGCAACUUACGGAAAAGUUUAGCAUGGGAUAGUGCUUUCUUCACGAGUGCUGGUGUUCUGGAUCCUGAGGAGCUGUCAUGCAUGAUUAAAGGAGCUGAGAAGAGUGAAAAGAAGAUGUUACCAGGAAUUGAAGAGGAUUUCCGCAGAUCUAAUGAUUCAAUCUCUACCUUAGAAAGUGACCAUAUGGUUAUGGAAAAUCUUGAGGCUGAGUUGUUUGGGGAUAUUAGAGCUUCAAUACAGAAAUCCAGCAAGGCAUUUACUGCUGCAACUGAGACCUCAAAGAAGAAAAUGAACAUAUCCUCUCAAAACCAGAAGCAGCAAUCCACUUCAAAAAAACCCAUUAGCGUAUCCAAACCUCAGAUAAAGCAAACUCUUAGGACAAAUGGAACAGCAAGAGCAGUUAACCUGGAUGCUGUCAGAUCACAAGCUGUGCAGUCUGUAGCUAGACCUGGGAAUUCAAACCCUGCAGUUCAUAAGCCACCACGAGUUACGAGCAAUGCAAAACCCACCCCAACUGUAACAUCUAAAGGAGCAUCAUUAUCUGCUACUGAGACAAACAAGAUUGGAACUACAAAGACAACCGUUGGUGCUGUUCCUGGUAGAGUGCCUCAGGCAUCUAAGGCAAAUGUUUCUGGUGGUGCUCACCGGCUGCUGCCAAAAUCUGCAUCAUCUUCCAAGGGUCCAUCUUUAGAUUCUUCAAUCUCAGCUAAAUCGACAAAAUCCUCCCCGACUGGUAGUUCUGGACGCGUUUCUACCGAAAAAGUUCCUAAAUCUCUUUUAGCACCUGUUCAAAGGAAGGCAGCAGUUAAAACUGUUAACCCACCUUCUGCUGGUUCAUCACUCACAACUCCCUCAAAAACUGUGCCAAGAAAUAAGAAAACAUCUGGAAAUUCUGCUGUCUCAGCAUAUCUGAUGUCAUCCAAGAUCUCUUCAAGCGUAUCACCUGCUAGUUCUAUCAGUGAAUGGUCCUCAGCUUCAUCAUCUUCUUCUUGUACAGUCAACUUCAGGUCCAAGUCAAGGACUAGCAUUGAAACUAGUUCUUGCAGAUCUUCUGUGAAUGAUAUUACCUCAGAUUUCGGUGACCCCUACGACUGUCAGAUGUUAGAGAGUGAUGACAGUAACAGCAUAACUGUGCCUGAAGGAAGUGCUAGGAAAUCUUUGACACAAACUUCUACUCUUUCCCAUUCAAAGUCUGCCAGACCAUCCGGGUUGAGAUUGCCAUCCCCAAAGAUUGGGUUCUUUGAUGGGGUGAAAUCAAUCCGUACUCCUAAUGGGUCCCAGCCGUCUCAUGCAAGCUUAACAACGUCUACAGUUGGAGCUGCUGUACCUAGUCCAAGGAGCGCCAGUAUGAAGCCAAAAAUUGGAAAACUUUCACACCCGAGAGGUGGAUCUGCUUUAUCAAAAACAAAACCUCAAGGAGUCAUGUCUUGUACACCCUCAAGUGAGAGAUCACAACCUCUGGUAAAUGACUUCAGUGGUCUGAGUGAUGUAGGAGUUGAAGCCGUUAUGGAUGGAGAAAGUUUCUUAAAAACUCAGGAAGGUGGAGGAGAGGUUGUUGAUCAAGCUAACCGUACUGAAUCUACUGGCAUUGGGGUACUCAAGGAUAGAAAUGAUCCUGCAUUUGCAAUGAAGACAGAAAGAAAUACAGGCGUGGAUGGAGUUGUUAACUCCAAAGAUACUAAGGUUGACACUAUUGGUGAUUUUUGCGAACCAGAUAUAGGAAAAGGGUUUUUGAAGCCAUCAGUGAUAGUUGAUAAAGAUGGGGAAGGUAAUCUGGCAACAUCGGUCUUGGGAGUUGACGAAAAAGAAAAUGCUGCGUUCAGAGAGCACGUAGAUAGCAUUCUAGGGCAAUAA